UUGAGAUUCAUUCAGUAGCUGCCAGAGCGUUGCGAAUACAACACGAGACGUGAGAAAUGCUAACUGCGUUUACAAUAAAGAUUUACCAGUUGGGAGCUGCCUUGCUGGUGCUGGCAGUAGACUGGAUUGCAGCCCAGGAUCAGGAUUUAGUUAGAUCAUGCGCUGCCUACAAGAAGAGCGUGUUCGAGGAGACCUCGGAAUUCAGUCUGCUCUAUCCGAACGCCCCGAUCAUCUACAAGACCAGAGACACAUGCACCAGCUACACGCCCCUGAUUAUCGGUGGAGGACCAGCCGUCCCAAAGGAGUUUCCUCAUGCCGCCCGCCUCGGAAAUCGCAAUGAGGAUAACGAAAUAAAUUGGUUCUGUGGCGGCACCUUGAUCAGCAAUAAACACGUCCUCACGGCUGCCCACUGCCUCUUCUCCGAGAAUGGAGCUGUGAAUGUGGUUCGGCUGGGAGAACUGGAGUUCGACAACGACAAGGACGAUGCCGAUCCGGAGGACUUUGGCGUGACCAAUGCCACGGUGCAUCCCGGCUACGCUCAUCCAAUCAUUUACAAUGAUAUUGCCUUGCUGCGACUGAGCCGGCCCGUCACUUUAAACGAGUAUAAGCAUCCGGCGUGCCUACCCUUCCACGAUGGCGCCAGCGACCAGACAUUCAUUGCCAUCGGCUGCGAAAGUUCCAAGAAGCUCAGGAAGGUUCGCCUCAAUAACUACGGCACCCGAUGCAGCACCACGUCCGAGCCGAACGACGAGCUGCCCAACGGGUACAACGGCACCACUCAAAUAUGCAUCGGAUCUAAGGACCACAAGGAUACAUGCAAUGGCGACUCUGGUGGCCCAGUGCUGACAUAUCACAAGGACUUUCCAUGCAUGUACCAUGUUAUGGGCAUCACCUCCACUGGCAAUUUCUGCGACACUCCGGACUUUCCAGGCCUCUACACACGCGUACACCAGUACUUGGACUGGAUUAAAGCGGAGAUGGGCAAGACGUCGUAAUAUGUAUGGCACAGCCACGUUCCAUGCUAAUUAUAGAGUUUAUAUUUGCACAUAUCUGUAAGGGAGGGUAAGCAAAACAAAUCGGAACUAUGGAA